UACUAACUUAGAUAAUACAAAAUCUGAAAUAAAUAAUCUAAAUAAUUCUAUUUUGUUAGAUAGUGAUGAUGCAACUACAGAUUCAGAAACAAGCAAUAAUUCAUUAAAUAAUCAACAUAUACAGUCAGCAUCUUUAAUUGAGUUAAUAGAAGAUGAAUAUCAAGAACAAGAAACUGAAACUAUAAAUUUUGUUAAUAAUUUUGAUAUUUCUGUAGAAACAGUUAAUUAUUUGCAACAUCCAGCUAUUGAUCCACAAGCUAAAUAA